UUCGUCAUUUUCGCGAGACGUUUUUCUUGUCCAUUGUCUGCAACGUACAAUUUUCUUCUGUCGACAGUGUUAUUAACAUUGAAAAACUUGUGAAUAGAUUAUUUCAAGAUUUCGUUUACUCUCGCACCAAAAUUGUGGUAUUUCAUUCGCACUAUCUGCUUUUUUAAUUGAAAUUUAAAGCAACUUUCAAAAUAUGAGUAAUAAAGGGUUUGGAAAAAACUCGUGUUCAAUUUGAACUCUAGCAAUAUUGACUACGAAGAAAUGUAAGUUACAUCUACGGCUUCGUGUGGAUGAACAAAAAUUGAUGUGCGCCUAUCCAACGGAUAUUAAGGGAGGACAACGACAACAACAACUACAACAAAUAUCAAUAUAAAAUUUUCGCCCGAUAGUGAAAGAGUAAAAAAAGAAAGAGCCGUUUAUUUGAUGAAAACGCGGCAGUAUAGCAGCUGGAAAGAGCAAACAAUCAGUUUCUUUUCCUGAUCAAAAGAUAUUUGAAGCAACAAAAGUGUUACUUGAAACAAACAGACUUAAAUUAAGGAAAUCGGAAGGCAGAAGUGGCGCCUUCUUGGACAAUUUGAAACGUAUAUGACCUAUUAAAUAUGGAAGCGGCUUGCAACAGCGAAACACCUGUUCGCGCAUGCGUAUUCGACGAAGAAACGAAGCAAUUACGUAUGCCGAAAACAUACCGCUCCACUGGAGAAUCCUUAAAUCAUACUGUUUCUAAUUUGUCGGUAGAUGCCGUUGCUUUUGUACCAAGUGUAUUACAACAUCAUCAACAGUCACGAAUCCAAAAUAACUAUUCUCAGAAAUUGCCACAUCAAGAGCAGCAACACACAUACGGCAGUAGCGGGCAUUAUAAUCAUUCCCAGCUUCAACAUCAUCCAGUAAUUGGUUCAGGAUCUGUUCAAAAUCGGCUUAGAAUCAAUAAUCAUAUAAACAAUGUGGGUGAACAAAGCCCUGCUGUUUACUAUCAAAAUCGACACUCGCAGCAGCAAAAUCACCAACAUCAGCUUUCCAACCAUAACAAUCACAAUCAACAACGGCAGCAUCAACAACAUUACAGUUAUAAUAAAUAUGAUGGUAAUCAAGGUUACCAACAAUACAAUCAUAACAACCAUCACCAAAAUCAUCAUCGUCAUCAACAGCAGCAGCAACAAGCAAUCAAUAACGAAUCAGGUGCUUCACCGGAGGGUGCAAACGAUAUGGAAAAUAUAGCUCUGGACUAUUUGCAGACAGUAAUUCAUUGUCUCAACCAGAAUCCUGGUCAAUUUGACGCAAUUGCUACGCGUUUUCUUACCAUAUUCGAGGGUAUGGAAAACAACACAUUCGUACUGUCAAAUGCUAUGGAGGAUAUAUUUAAUGAAUCGAUCAAGAACCCCAAUUUUCGUUACAUGGGUGCUAAACUAUAUAAUCUCUUGCACAUGCUAAAUCCUCGGAAAGAUUCUCUUUUUCACACAUUACUAAAGUGCAAGUUAGAUUUUCACCAAAAUGAAGUGAAAGAAUAUAUAAAGACUAAUCAGCAAAACAAAGUACGUGAGACUGCUCUCUUUUUAGCUGAACUGUACAUGCAGUUACGUGGUGAAGAAUUUCGUAUACAUCUCAUAGCUGAAAAUAUAGUAUAUUCAUUGAAACAGCUGCUGUCUAAAGAAAACGCCGACAAUGUGCGUUGCAUAUGCUUAACUUUAAAGUUGGCCGGGUAUGAUUUGACUGCUGAUUGCCCAGGCGACAUGAAGGAAAUCAUCGUUGAGUUGAAUGAUAUUAAUAAUAAGUCACCAGGUAAAUAUCCGUUAGCGGCUAAUGUCAUUUCCCUUGAGAAAAACAAUUGGGGUAGGAAAAUAUCCGGCUCUGAAUCGCCAAUUGAAGGUAAUAAACUUAUGGAACCACCCCGAUCUAGUGACGACCCCGUCUUUUAUGGUCCUGAUGGCAGUGUAAUUACUGACGAGGAAUGUGAAUUUUUAACGAUUAGCGCCAAUGGUAUUCCUGGAUCCAUUGAUAACGACGAAAUCGAUAAUGAUUCUGACGUUGAUCUUGAUCCCGAAAUGGACGAAGAAACUGAGCACGCCUACAAAGAAUUUAUUAGACAAAGUGCCAAUUCAUAGGUAGUUUGAUACAGACGGCCGUCUCACAUUGGCUAUUUGCGUACAAGUGUGUAGAAAUAUUGAGCACAGAAAUUACAGUUUACUAUCCAAUAUUCUGAUUUUUUGUUUGUAUUUGAUUUAUCUAUGUAUUCGUUUAUUUCACCCAUUUUUAAUUAGAACCAUGGAGUGUUCGUAGUUCUUCAUUCCUUGUCUAAUCGCCUUUCUCACUGUCUACGGCGGUAACAAAAAUCGAGUUCCUUUAAACUAUUGUAUAUCCACUCUGUGUUUAGUUGUCAAAAUUGUUGUUCUAUAACUUUAAUUUUCAGAAGAAAAAAUUUUACAUAUACAUGUAUGCAUCAUAUAUACCUAAAAUCAAAAACUUGUCCGAAUUUUAAAAUUUUUUCUAAAAGCCAUAAAACAAUUUCUUUCUAAAAAGGCAGGAAGGGAAUAUGAUUAGUGAAACUGCUUGAAAAUUCGAAGCAUGUUCAGGGAAGCUUCUGUAUUUUGACAAGCAUUGUGACUUGUAAAUAGCUUUGUCCGUGCAUGUUUACUAGCCGAUAAAACAAAAUGAAUGUCGCUGCUGCUCUAAAAUUAAAUAUAUUUUACCUUGUUAUUUUGGUAAUUAUGGUUAUUUAAUUUUUUCUUUUCAUUCAUCGCCUAACGAAUGGGAUAGUUUUUAAGUUUUAGAACACAAAUAAAUACUCAUCGAUGGUUCCAUAAAUAUUAUUCAGCGCGAAUUUUUGGUUUGAUAUAGUAAAUUGAAAUGAAGUGUUAUUUUCAAUUCAAAGGGAUACCAAUGGAAAGCGAGGUAAAUAAAGAUAUACGCGAAUAAAAAAAUUUAUAUAAACGAAGACACGUAAAAAACUAAAGCCAAAAAAAAAAAAUUUUAAUAAAAAUUUAGUUGUUUCGAACAUAAUAUUACUGAUUUUAAUUAUGAAUAUUUAUUAAUCUUAUUCCGUUGUCAAGACAUUUAAUUUUAGGGUUUAUUACUGUUAAUUGUGUGAAAUGAAAAAUAAAUAAAGUAAUUUUCUCUCCUUAUUACAAGUAAGCGCA